AUGGCCCCCAAAGUGCUUGUCGUUCUCACCUCGCAGGACAAGAUCCCUGCCAACGGUCACCCGACUGGAUGGUUCUUGCCCGAAUUCGCCCACCCCUGGGACGAGCUACAGGGCAAGGUCGACAUGGUGAUCGCCUCUCCCAACGGCGGCGAGGCCCCUCUGGACCCCGGCUCCGUGAAGAUGUUCGAGAGCGACCCCGCCUCGGUCAAGUUCCUCAAGGAGCAGGAGUCGCUGUGGAAGAAGACGGAGAAGCUGUCCGACUUUAAGGACCGUGUCGGCGAAUUCGACGCCAUCUUCUACGUCGGAGGUCACGGCCCCAUGUACGACCUGCACUACGAUGCCACCUCCCUGGGACUGAUCCAGUCCUUCGCUGCCGCCAAGAAGCCCGUCGCCGCCGUCUGCCACGGCCCGACCGUCUUCGUGCGCGCCGUCACCCCCGACGGAACCCCCUUGCUGUCCGGUGCCACGGUGACCGGCUUCUCGAACGUGGAGGAGGACCAGGCGGGCAUGACGUCCGUCAUGCCGUACUUGUUGGAGGACGAGCUGAAGCGGGUGUCGGGCGGAGGCUUUGUUAAGGCCGCCGAACCCUGGGGCGAGAAGGUUGUGGUGUCGCAGACCGCGGGCUCCGGCGCGACGCUCAUCACGGGCCAGAACCCGGCCAGCGCGGCGGGUGUGGGCAAGGCGAUUCUCACGGCGUUGGGUCUCCUGCCCGACGAUCGGCAUUCCCCGCGGCCUCUGCGCGAAUCAAGUGCCGUGCUGACCCGGCGUGGAGGAGUCGUCUGCCCACUCUCCCGUGGAGUCGACAACAUGGUUAACGCUCUGCUUUCGGCCUUGCUGGUCCUCCCUCUCGUGGCGGCCCUGCCCACUCCUCCUGGCAUCCCUUCCACCACCACCGCCAACUCCGAGUUGGCCAAGCUGACCGUCGCGGCGCAGGGGUCCGGCAGUGACUAUGACCGGGACCUUUUUCCGCAUUGGAUCAGCCAGGGGAACAACUGCAACACCCGCGAAGUCGUCCUGGCGCGCGACGGUAAGAACGUAGAGCAGGACUCUUCUUGUGCCGCCGUCAGCGGAACCUGGGUUUCGGAUUACGAUGGCAAUACUUUCACCGACUCCAGCGAUCUGGAUAUCGAUCAUAUCGUGCCUUUGUCGAACGCCUGGAAGUCCGGUGCAAACAAAUGGACCACUCCCCAGCGUCAAGCCUUCGCCAACGACUUGACCAACCCCCAGCUGCUGCCCGUGUCGGCCAGCUCUAACCGCUCCAAGGGUGAUAAGGGCCCGGAGAGCUGGAAGCCGUCUUCGUCAUCCUUCCACUGCACCUAUGCCAAGAUGUGGGUUAAGAUCAAAUCGGUGUAUGAUUUGACCAUCACCAGCGCGGAGAAGAGUGCGUUGGUGGACAUGUUGGAUACGUGUUAA